AUGCAAGAGAUGCGGGGAAAGAUGGUGAGGAAUCAAGUCAUAUUCAAGGGAUACAUAGAACGACCUCCCGAAGAAACAGACAUGGAACUGAAGGUCGAAAACAUGAUCAAGCUUGAAGCUCCAAAAUGGUCAGGUGCAAUCUUGGUCAAGAAUCUGUACCUGUCUUGUGAUCCUUACAUGCGUGGCCGCAUGCGCAGCUUCCAUGUCUCUUACCUUCCUGCUUUCAUCCCCGGUUCAGCCAUUGAAGGAUUUGGUGUGUCCAAAGUUCUGGAUUCUGAUAAUCCAGAUCUUAAACCUGGCGACCUGCUCUCAGGAUUUACAGGUUGGGAAGAAUACAGCUUAAUUCACAAGACUGAGCAGUUGAGAAAGAUUGAGCCAGAUGAUGAUAUCCCCCUCUCGUACCAUGUGGGGCUCCUUUUACAAAGCUACAUAUCUUAUGCAGGUAUGCCGGGUUUUACUGCUUAUGCUGGAUGGUACGAGGUUUGUGCUCCUAAAAGGGGAGAUAAUGUCUUUUUCUCUGCUGCCUCAGGAGCUGUUGGUCAGGUUGUUGGCCAGCUUGCAAAGUUGCAUGGUUGCUAUGUUGUUGGAAGUGCCGGAACAAGUCAGAAAGUUGAUCUCUUGAGAAAUAAGCUUGGAUUUGAUGAUGCAUUCAACUACAAAGAGGAAGAAGACCUUAAUGCAGCUUUAAAAAGAUUCUUUCCAGAAGGAAUUGAUAUCUACUUUGAGAAUGUCGGUGGAGCAAUGCUCGAUGCUGUGCUUCUCAACAUGAGAAUCCAAGGCCGGAUUGCUGUCUGUGGAAUGGUGUCUCAACAGGGCACUUCAAGUCCACAUGGGAUACAUAAUCUGUUCUCUCUAAUAUCAAAACGCAUAAGGAUGCAGGGAUUGCUGCAAAAAUUAGCCGAUGUCAUUAUACCCAAAGAAAGUUUUGCAGAUCCAGCCGGUGAAACUCAGAGCAAUGGUGUGUUAGUUGGUGCCGAGUAUGAGUACGCACUAACUGCUUGGCCAUUUUCAGCAGGCACUGUACAGUUACAGGUGCUUCUGCCGGUUCACCGUCAACUAACUGAGGCAGCCUUCACCCCGAGCAAGAGGGCGAAUUCAAAGUACACAGUGAAUCAGACCAUAUGGCCUGCUGAGCUUAAGAGGCAAUUUAGAAUCUCGAGUUUAGCUUUUAUGGAAGAUUUUGGAAGGGUGAAAUGA